AUGCACUUCAACAAAAACUUUUUGAUAUUUGUCGUCGCUGCUGUCCUCACUGCUGCGAACGCACGCCCUGUAAGUCUAUUGAAGCAAAUUUUGGAUCGCAACUCAUGGUACCCUCUGAAGGUUAUCUCUAGCGGCCUCUGGAGGUUCGAAGGCACGGGGAUUCUGGCUCUCGUGGUCGUGGCCGAAGCCAUUCGCGCUCCGGCAUUGUCGCCAGGAAGCAUGGUGACUCUGGGUCUCGAGGAAGGGGGAGGAGCCAUUCUAACUCUGGCAUUAUCGCCCGCAAGCAUGGAGAUUCCGGUUCUAGGGGAAGGGGUAGAAGUCAUUCGCGCAGUGGCCUUGUCGCUCGUAAGCAUGGGGAUUCGGGUUCGAGAGGCAGAGGGAGGAGUCAUUCUAACUCCGGCAUUGUCGCUCGAAAGCACGGCGACUCUGGUUCCCGCGGACGCGGACGUAGUCGUUCGACCGCUGGCAUCGUUGCUCGCAAGCAUGGGGAUUCGGGGUCGCGAGGCAGAGGGAGGAGCCAUUCUCGCUCUGGUCUGGUCGCUCGCAAGCAUGGAGACUCAGGCUCCAGGGGCCGAGGCAGGAGUCACUCCCGUUCUGGCCUAG